CAUUCUAUGACGAUAUUCCAACUACUUCCUUGGGUUUGUUUACGAAUCAAAUGGCUUUUGUUUUAAAGUCCACUGUUUUUUGCGUUCAGCUCCUACUCACUCAGUUUGGUGUUGGAUUGUCCUUAUCUCCAGAUGUGCUGCACUCGAUAUCGUGUCAUGGAUCAUCUGAAGAGAUAGACACGUUUGAACUGAUUAGCUCCGACUUGAAUAGGAUAUCUGGACAGUUUUGGGCCUGCGCAGGAAGCACAUCUUUCUUAUGCUUUGUUUUCCCUUUUUUUUUUACUAUGGUUUUGCUUGUACUUUUGUUCUUCCUUCCAUUGUUCCCAUGGGUUUUAAUCAGUUCUUGGUCAUCUCCAUGACAUGAGACCCUAAAACCUACACCAUAUGGGGUUCGAUGUCGA